AUGUCCUCGCUGCUGCUCGCAAGCAGCGCGCUGCUGGCGUCGUCGGCCGCACUGGUCGUACCCGCCGCUGCGCCCGCGAUUCACCACAGCAGCGCCCUGCUUUCAAAACACACGGCCCGGUCUUCCGGCGCGUUUGCUCCAGUCAUGCGUCUCAAGGACGGCAAGGACGCUGGGGAGGGAGAGGGCGGCGGAGUCACGAUGCAGAAGAUCAAGGACGCAGGUGUGGCGGGCAUCAUCUCGUACGUGUUCUGGGAGUGGGCGUUCUGGGGCGUGUCGGUGCCGGUCUGCGUGCUGGGCUACCGCGAGGUGACGGGCCACUGGCCGGAUCUUACCAACUCGGAGGACCAGGCAAAGCUCGGCGCCGAGGCCUUUGCGUUUGUCAACGUCGCUCGCUUCGCGAUCCCACUGCGCAUCGGCCUCGCCCUCGGCACCACGCCGUGGGUGCAGGCGAACAUCGUCGACAAGUUUCAAAAGGAGGACGAGUAG